AUGCCGUUGCUAUUGCACCCCGAAUUACACAGAGGAUUUAUUUAUACCAAGGAACCUGGCAAUAGGAUUACUGUGAAAGUUGGGGAUUCGAUCCGCGUCGCAUGCCCUGGAGGUAAAAUUUAUUUUUCAAGAGGAAAAUCAUACGAGAGUACGACACUUGAAUGCAUUAGAGAUAAAACAUUUUUGUUGACACACGAUGGCGGAACAGAGAUGUUUCAUCAAAUUUAUUGCAAUAAAUAUCCACAGCACUCUGUUCGUAGAAUUUCUAGAGGGUGUAAAGUGGGAGUUACUGGAGAAAUUGGAUUUUCUAUUCGAACAGAUGAACAAAAUGAAUUUAUCAGAAUACUCGACUUUUGUCACGAUGAACAACUAGGUCAAACGAUUUAUGCACACGCAUUAAUACCAUCAGUAAUUGAUUCUGCAGAAAUUUCAGUUCCCCGGCCGUCGUUUACCAAAAGCGGUUUCUUUGAAGGGAUUAGCAUGGAUAAUAUUUACAGCAGAUCUCAUCAACAAGAAACUUUGGCUUUAAUUUUAGGAAGUCAAAAACUUGCUAAUCGAUAUAUUCAUGACAGAGGUAAUUACUUUUUGUCGCGCGGUCAUUUGGCAGCCAAACUCGAUUUUAUAUUCGAAGCGCAACAACGUGCGACAUUUUACUACGUCAAUACGGUACCAAUGUGGCAAAAUAUUAACGACGGUAACUGGGAAAAAAUUGAAAAAAAUGUCCGGAAUUACGCGAGCAGACGAAAUCGUAACCUUGAAGUUUGGACAGGAUCACUGGGAGUCCUUGAACUUGAAGAUUUUGAAGGAAAAAUGAAGAAAAUUUACUUGAAUUAUCACGAUGAAGGAAGAGUUGCCGUUCCUGUGCCUAAAUUACUUUUCAAAGUUGUUUACGACAGAUACAGACAAGCCGGAGUUGUCUUCAUUACCGUAAAUAAUCCUCAUUUAAAUCGACUAACGGGGGAUUAUAUUGUUUGCGAAGAUAUUUGCACGGAAAUAAAUUUUCCCGAGUGGGACAUGAGAACCGAACGCGGAUACAGCUACUGUUGCAACAUCGAUGAUUUUCGAAAUGCGUUUCCUUAUCUUCCUGAAUUUAAAACGCGCAGAUUGUUGAUAUGA